CCCCCCCCCCCCCUCCUAAAUCUGCCCCUGACAUGUAUGACACAGCUGUUACCACUGAAAUAAAACUAAGUCAUUUCCAAUUGUUUGAGCAUCAAAAGCUAAAUGUGAAAUUUUGAGACACAUUUUCAACAUAACAUAACAUUGUACAAAUAUUGGUAUUUAUUCUGAGAUUAAUACAAAGGUUCUCCUUAAAUAUCAAAUUAAUUGGUAUUUAAAUCAAUGAAAUGAUAUUGUAUAUAAAGUGUUAUGAGAAUAAUCAUAAAAAUAAGAAGAUGUGGUAUGAUUGUGGUAUGAAUGCUUAAAAAACAACUCUCCAUCAGAGACCAAAUGAUGUAGAAAUUAACAACUUAAGGUCAACAAACAGCCUUCAACAAUGAGCAAAACCCAUAAGGCAUAACCAUGCAGCUCUAAAAUGUCCAGAAAUUACAAAUGUAUAUCAAUUCAAACGGGAAAACUAACCUGAUGUGUGUACGAAACAAAGAGUUAUAUGUAAUCAGGUAGUAUUAAUUUAAAAUAUAAUUGCUAUACUGUUUUUGUGAUGACAUUUUUCAUGUGAAUAAUCUAAAACCAUCAAAAAACAUGAUGGGUUCAACUGAAAUAGUCUCACUCCAAUAUAACAGCAAAAUAAGUAACUAGUUCUACUGAGAGGAAAAGUUUGUGGAAAAAAUACAUUUCAAUUAUAUAGAUUGAAGUUGAACUAUAGUUGGUUUCUACAAAAUGUAAUUUUUGUUUCAUAAAAUGCUUUCUUAUAUGUAGGAAUGAUACAUGCUGGCUUAGGAUAUGCACAAAUAAGAAACUUUCUGACAGAAUGUAACUUGCCAGUCAUGAGUAAGUCUUGUUUCCAAAAACAUGAGAAGAAAAUUGGAAAAAUCUUUGUAUCUGCUGCUGAAGAAUCCUGCAAGAAAGCUCAACAACUGGAAAAAGAAAUUUCUACAGAUAAGGAGUUGGAGCUUGAGGUCAGUUUUGAUGCAGGUUGGCAAAAACGUGGGACAGGAUUCAAUUACAAUAGCUUAACAGGACAUGCUUCAAUGAUAGGAAAACAAACAGGGAAAGUGACCUGCUAUGAUAUAAGAAGCAAAAGCUGUAAAUUUUGUGAGCAUCAUGAGGGAAAGAAUGAAACAGUUCUAAGUCAUGACUGUUGUAGAAAUUGGUAUGGGUCUAGUAAGUCUAUGGAACCAGAUAUGGCUGUUUCCAUGGCACAUAAGAUGACUGAUAAUGAAUGCCCAAUUGACGUCAUUCAUGCUGACAAUGAUUCAACUACCAUGUUGAAACUGAAAAUGGACUUUGAAAACUUGAAAAAAAAGGAUGACCAAAAUCAUACUACAAAAGGAAUAACAAAAUCACUGAUUGAAUUGUCUAAAAGGCACAAGGAGCUGAAGUAAUUCCCUAUCUGAACAGAUGUUUCAUGUAUGCAAUUACACAGAACAGCAGCAGUGAUCUUAAAAUUGAUGAGGGUCUUUCGAGAAUUGUUCCCCAUGUCUUUGGAGAUCAUGGAUUGUGUGGUGCAGUAGACUGGUGUACAUUUAAAGAUGAUCCUAUAUCUUUCAAAUAUAAAAGCCUUCCUAAUGGAAAGCCUUUGAUUAGUGAAGAUUUGAGGAGAGAUCUAGAGAAUCUUAUAGAGAAAUAUAAAAGCAAGGCAUCUUCACUAAGAAAUUUAGGAUCCACACAGGCUAAUGAGAGCUUCAACCAUUCUGUAGCAACAAAGGCUCCGAAGUCCAAACACUAUGGUGGUUCACAAUCCCUAGCAAGUAGAGUGUCAUCGGCUGUGCUUCAAAAGAAUGAGGGUUACAAUUACUUAGAACAGAUGAAUGAAGCUGCACUUCUAUCUCCAGGAGAAUACACAAAAAGUAUUGCAAAGAAACUGGAUACAGAGAAACUGAAAAGAAGGAUUAAAAGGCGAAGUCGUGAGUUCAAGAAAAAAAGAACUGAACUAAAGAAAAAAAGGAAUAAGAAAGAAAGGCGAUUCACUAUCCAUGAAUCUGUUUCAUAUCAACCAGAAAUUGCAACGAUAGGAUUAUCAGAUACUGAGGCCGUAACUAUUCCAUCGCCAUUGAAACUGGACGGAACAGAAUCAUUUACAUUUUUUGAUCUUGAAACGACAGGUUUAAGCAGAGUUAGUGAUAUUACUCAGAUAGCAGCUGUUUAUGAUAAGACACUAUAUCAAUCUUACAUUUUACCAAGAUGUGAUAUUUCUGUUGAAGCCUCAAAAGUAACAGGAAUUACCUGCUGUUUGGCUAAGAAUAAAAUGUAUGUUCAUGGGAAGGAAGUGGAAACCAAAUCCCAGUAUGAAGCAUUGUUAGAUUUUAUUGAAUUUUUAAAAACAAUUCAAAAUCCACUCCUUGUUGGACAUAACAUCUGUAAUUUUGACAUUGCAAUACUCUCAAACAAAUUGAAAGAAUUCAGCUUAUUUUCUUCUUUUUGUAAUGUUACUUCUGGAUUUCUGGACACACUUAAAAUAGCUAAAAGAAUUUUCCCCCGAAAUGAAGUAGACAAUUACAAACAAUCAACUCUUAUUUUAAAGUAUGUUGGGUUGGAAUACAGUGCACACAAUGCCAUAGAAGAUGUACAGUCUCUUCAACAUCUCUUUCACCAAGAAAUGAAGAAUAAAUGUAAAGAUAAUGAUAUUCAUAGCAUUUGCUAUUGUAGUUGCAAAUCUUCAUAUGAUAAUUUAGUUCAAAACAAAACUGUAAGCAGAGACACUUGCAUUAGACUUGCAAAAAAUGGCAUAUCUUUAUCACACUUACAGAUAGCUAACAGAAGAGAUGCAAAUGGAAUAAGAUUAUUGUUACAAGAGUUUAACAUUCCUUCCAAAACUGCCUCUGUAUUCGUUGCUGCUUUUGCAACUGAACAGUAAAUUUUAUAGUCAUGACAAAAGAAAUUUCCGUUGCAGGAAUACUGUUCUUAGAUUAAAAUGCACAUAAUGUU